ACACACAACCUAGCCUAUUUAUUUGUAUGUAAAAUCCCCUAGCGGCACUAUCACCAUAUACACCAAGGGGAAUAAUUAAGGAGGUCCCUGGUGAGAAAAGGGAGAGUUGGGGGGACAGGGUGUGUGCGAGGUGCCGGGAUACCGAAAACUCGAGUGUCAAAAGGGAGCAAGAACCUGUUUUGGGGACACUUAAGGAUCCAAGUGUCACGGGGUCUGGGCGAUGUAGAACGGGAGGGGCUGCGUGGGUGGGCACAGAAGGGAAAUGAGUAAGGGGGCAUGGGAUCUCUGAGAAAAUCAGGGGCCUCUGAGCAAAGUGGAAAGGACGAGCGCCGCAGCUACCCUGGCCGUAGCUCGCCCCCGCCUUCCCUUUUGCGCAGAAUCCUUGCCUUGGUUGCAGCAGCGCGCUGCCCCCACUGGCCGGCGCGCAGUGAUCGAUCGCAGGCUGCGUCAGGAGCCUGCCGGCGUAUAAAUAGGGGUGGCAGGACGGCGCCUAGCCGCACACAGCCAUACAUCCUCCCACUUCCCUCUCUCCCCUGUCCUCUCUCUCCGGGCUCCCACCGCCGCCGCGGGCCGGGGAGCCACCGGCCGCCACCAUGAGUUCCUUCAGCUACGAGCCGUACUACUCGACCUCCUACAAGCGGCGCUACGUGGAGACGCCCCGAGUGCACAUCUCCAGCGUGCGCAGCGGCUACAGCACCGCGCGCUCCGCUUACUCCAGCUACUCGGCGCCGGUGUCUUCCUCGCUGUCCGUGCGCCGCAGCUACUCGUCCAGCUCUGGAUCGUUGAUGCCCAGCCUGGAGAACCUCGACCUGAGCCAGGUAGCCGCCAUCAGCAACGACCUCAAGUCGAUCCGCACGCAGGAGAAGGCGCAGCUCCAGGACCUCAAUGACCGCUUCGCCAGCUUCAUCGAGCGCGUACACGAGCUGGAGCAGCAGAACAAGGUCCUGGAAGCCGAGCUGCUGGUGCUGCGCCAGAAGCACUCCGAGCCAUCCCGCUUCCGGGCGCUGUACGAGCAGGAGAUCCGCGACCUGCGCCUGGCGGCGGAAGAUGCUACCAACGAGAAGCAGGCGCUCCAGGGCGAGCGCGAAGGGCUGGAAGAGACCCUGCGCAACCUGCAGGCACGCUAUGAAGAGGAGGUGCUGAGCCGCGAGGACGCCGAGGGCCGGCUGAUGGAAGCGCGCAAAGGCGCCGACGAGGCGGCGCUCGCUCGCGCCGAGCUCGAAAAGCGCAUCGACAGCUUGAUGGACGAAAUCGCUUUUCUGAAGAAAGUGCACGAAGAGGAGAUCGCCGAGCUGCAGGCUCAGAUCCAGUACGCGCAGAUCUCCGUGGAGAUGGACGUGUCCAAGCCCGACCUCUCCGCUGCGCUCAAGGACAUCCGCGCGCAGUACGAGAAGCUGGCCGCCAAGAACAUGCAGAAUGCCGAGGAGUGGUUCAAGAGCCGCUUCACCGUGCUGACCGAGAGCGCCGCCAAGAACACUGACGCCGUGCGCGCAGCCAAGGACGAGGUGUCCGAGAGCCGUCGUCUGCUCAAGGCCAAGACCCUGGAGAUCGAAGCAUGCCGGGGCAUGAACGAAGCGCUGGAGAAGCAGCUGCAGGAGCUGGAGGACAAGCAGAACGCCGACAUCAGCGCUAUGCAGGACACGAUCAACAAAUUAGAAAAUGAAUUGAGGACCACAAAGAGUGAAAUGGCACGAUACCUAAAAGAAUAUCAAGACCUCCUCAACGUGAAGAUGGCUUUGGAUAUUGAGAUUGCAGCUUACAGGAAACUCUUGGAAGGUGAGGAGACCCGACUCAGUUUCACCAGCGUGGGAAGCAUAACCAGUGGCUACUCCCAGAGCUCCCAGGUCUUUGGCCGAUCUGCCUACGGUGGUUUACAGACCAGCUCCUAUCUGAUGUCCACUCGCUCCUUCCCGUCCUACUACACCAGCCAUGUCCAAGAGGAGCAGAUUGAAGUGGAGGAAACCAUUGAGGCUGCCAAGGCUGAGGAAGCCAAGGAUGAGCCCCCCUCUGAAGGAGAAGCCGAGGAGGAGGAGAAGGACAAGGAAGAGGCCGAGGAAGAGGAGGCAGCUGAAGAGGAAGAAGCUGCCAAGGAAGAGUCUGAAGAAGCAAAAGAAGAAGAAGAAGGAGGUGAAGGUGAAGAAGGAGAGGAAACCAAAGAAGCUGAAGAGGAGGAGAAGAAAGUUGAAGGUGCUGGGGAGGAACAAGCAGCUAAGAAGAAAGAUUGAACCCCCAUUUCCUUAAUUAUUUCAGGAAUAAUUCUCCCGAAAUCAGGUCAACCCCAUCACCAACCAACCAACCAGUUGAGUUCCAGAUCCUAUGUGAAUUAAAAAGUCAAUAUAUGUAUAAUUCUGAGAUGACUUAGGUUGGACAUUCAAUGUUGUGCUAUGAAUUUCCUCUUUAUGCAGAGUAUCUGUUUGCUUGCAGAGUGGCUUUCUGGCUUGCUGCCAGCCUGUGCAUGGUCCACGCUUAUGAGUUCAGGAUCUACGGCAAUGUGAAUCAUUCAGAUGUUUACAAUAAAAAAACACCACAUGAGUAAAUGAAUUCGCUAAUGUUAAUGUUAAACUUCAUGGAAAAAUAGUCUUUUGAACCUUUGGUGGUUAGCAAUUAAAGACCCUGAGUUAUGUGCAAUAAAUAGUAAAUAAAGUUAUACCGAAUGAUGUAUUUUUUUUGCUGUGGUUAUUAAUUAAAAUACCUUAAAGAUGGCACCAAUAUAAAGUAUAUACCAGUGGACUAUUGACCUCCAGUUUUUUAAAAAGUCAAAAUUUUAACAAUUACCAAUGCUUUUUUUUAAUUCCUUCUUUGGAAAUUCUGAGGGAUACAGUUAGGUCGUGAUUACUCAUGAAAUCUCUCCCCACAAAAAUGUUACUGAUAAUAAACAUGAGUAAAUGAGAAAGUCUAUAAAUAACAAUAGAAUUUGCCUCAUAACACGGGCUGUGUCAGGUUUUGGGAUGGCUUUCUAGGGAGCAAUUCUGAAAUUAUUUGACAGAUAUACUCUUUAUGGUAAAUAGGUCAUUUCAGAGUCUAGAGUGCUAACCAUUACACUAUGGAACCAGGAUAAAUAGGUCAUUUCAAACUGAUAUGUCAUAAUGCAAUAUGGAUAGAAUAUGAAUCCCAUACUUUCAUUCCUAUAACUGCAUUUUAAAAUAUAGUCUAAAUGUCAUGGGCAGAGGUUAAAACCUGAGAACAUGGUACAAUAAGAAGGAAUAAUUUUUUAUCUACAUAUAAUUUCAGGAGAAGGGAUUAAAACUACCAAAGGUUAUUUGCCACUCCACUGCAAACAUGUUGCCUGCAAUCCUGCGCUCAUGAUUUAGUGUUUGUUAAGCGUAAUUCUGUUGCCUCAAGUAAAUAGCAUUUGAUGCCACACAUUUUUAAACCUGUAAAAGCUACAGACACAAGUAAUGAAAUUACGAGUCACUUAAGGGGGGAGGUAAUAUGCUUGUAUGUUACAUUGACAUUGCUCUGCAUGUCUCUAUUGGGAAAUAUUUGGAUUUCAAUGAUAGCUUGACUGGUUGGACAUUGCAUCAAAUACACACCCCAUCUGUCCUCUCUGUCCAUUGUAAAGUUAUGAACGCUCUUGCACUUGCAUUUGAUGUGGAAUAAAUAUAGAUGAUAUUACUGAGUAUCUGCUAUUCUGCCUUUGUUCUAAAACAAUUGCUUUGUCAGCUAAUUUCAUUCAAUAUUUGUUUUUUAGACGAUCUUUAUAAGUUAUGAAUUUAAACUGAAACCAAAGUGGUCUCCAUUAAAGUUACUUAAUCCCUUUGUACUACCUAUUUCUAGUUAAAUAUAGGUUGCUGUGCAAAUAGGUAAAGUGCUUCUUUGUCAUGAUGGUAUGGAUUGAAACUAUGAAGGCUCUCAGUGUAUUGGCUUCUGUAAAGAUGAGGUGUCUCCUCAGAAACAAAGCUUUCCACAUUUCUGCUUACUAGACCUGGGAUGAUGUACAUGGCAAGUCUCAAACAGAUGCAAGCUACAUGCAAAAAGUAACUUUAGCCAAAUGGAAAUAACUGGAUGCUUUGAGAAUUACUUGGUUGAAGUAAGGAAACUGUACCAUACUCUAUCCUGUGUGCCAUAAUAAAAUAGUAAAAAACCUAAA